CUGAGCCCCGAAACCCUGUGAGAGGAGCGGCCGCUGCCCCGCCUGACCUCUGACCUGGGCCCCGGCGCAGGGACUGUUUCCCCAGGAACGCGAAGAUGGCGAUGACCGGCAGGUGGCGCUGGUGACUGGAUAGUGUAUCGUACGGCUGCCCCCCCAUACCUGGCCUCAGAGGUCCCCCGGAAAUCUUGGCGUGGUUGGCAGCCUGAAGCUUUCUUCAAACUGGAAAGUACAUUAGAGAUUAAGUAAAACUACUUAUUGUUUCUGUAGGCGAGACUGACCUGACUAGCUUGCUCAAGCCGCUGAUAGGCAGACCAUGAAGCUGAAGGAACUCGAGCAACCAGCUGUGCAAGCAUGGAGCCCAGCCAGUCAGUACCCUGUGUAUCUGGCAACAGGAACAUCUGCCCAGCAGCUAGAUGCCUCCUUUAGCACAAAUGGCACGCUGGAAAUCUUUGAGGUUGAUUUCAGGGACCCUGCUCUGGAACUGAAACGCAAGGGAGUCCUUUCUGCCUUAAGCAGGUUUCACAAGCUGAUCUGGGGGAGCUUUGGCAAUGGCCUUCUGGAAGGCUCCGGGGUUAUUGCAGGCGGCGGGGACAAUGGCAUGCUUACUCUAUACAAUGUGACCCACAUCCUGUCUUCGGGGAAAGAGCCUGUGAUUGCCCAGAGGCAGAAGCACACGGGGGCUGUCAGAGCCCUCGACUUUAAUCCUUUCCAGGGCAACCUUCUGGCCUCGGGGGCCAGUGAUUCAGAAAUCUUCAUUUGGGAUUUGCAUAACCUGAGCGUGCCGAUGACUCCAGGAUCCAAGUCACAGCAGCCCCCAGAAGAUAUCAAGGCUCUCUCUUGGAACCGGCAAGUGCAACACAUUCUGUCUUCCGCUCACCCCAGUGGCAAGGCGGUUGUGUGGGAUCUCAGGAAGAAUGAACCCAUCAUCAGAGUCAGUGACCACAGCAACAGAAUGCACUGCUCGGGCCUGGCCUGGCACCCAGACGUAGCCACCCAGUUAGUGCUGUGUUCAGAAGAUGAUCGCCUCCCCGUGGUUCAGCUGUGGGACCUGCGCUUUGCCUCCUCACCACUGAAGGUGCUAGACAGCCAUAGCAGGGGGAUCUUGUCAGUGUCGUGGAGUCAGGCUGAUGCUGACCUACUGCUCAGCAGUGCCAAGGACAGCCAGGUCUUGUGCUGGAACCUGCAGAGUGGUGAGGUGAUAUACAAGUUACCCACACAGAGCAGCUGGUGUUUUGAUGUGCAGUGGUGCCCUCGGGUCCCUCCGGUGUUCUCUGCUGCCUCCUCUGAUGGCUGCAUCAGUGUGUACUCUGUGAUGGGUAGGAGCUGGGAAGUCCAGCACAUGAGUCAGGCUGACAAGAUCUCCUCUUCCUUCAGCAAAGGCCAGCCUCUCCCGCCAUUGCAGGUGCCAGAGCAGGUGGCACAAGCAUCACUGAUACCUCCCCUGAAAAAGGCCCCCAGAUGGAUCAGAAGGCCAGCAGGCGUUUCAUUUGCUUUCGGGGGAAAGCUGGUUACCUUUGGCCUUCCCAGCACUCCUGCCCAUCAGGUGCCACAGCCUUGCCCCCGCCUAGUCUUCAUCAGCCAGGUCACCACAGAAUUGGAAUUCCUGACGCGGUCAGCUGAGCUGCAGGAGGCCCUGCGGUCAGGAAACCUCCUGGGUUACUGUCAGAACAAGAGCCAUCAAGCUGCACUGCGGAGUGAGAAGAUGCUCUGGCAGUUCCUCAAGGCAACCUUGGAGCCAGACUCCAGAGUGAAAUUCCUGAAGCUUUUAGGAUACGAUAAAGAUGAGCUUCAGAAGAAGGUGACCACAUGGUUGAAGAGUGACCUGGCGCGAGGUGACAGCCCUCAUCCCAAGGAAGAUGAAGGCGACAGUAAUAGACAGCGGGCCUUCUGCAGCCAGGCCUCCAAACAUAGCACAGAGGAAGCCUCUGCCUCAGCCUUCUUUGAUGAGCUGGUGCCUCAGGACAUGGCUCCAUGGGAGAUCCCCGUCACAGAAGACACGGAGGGGCUCCUGAGCCAGGCCCUCCUGCUGGGGGAGCUGGGCCCUGCCGUGGAGCUGUGUCUGAAGGAGGAGCGCUUUGCGGAGGCCAUCCUCCUGGCUCAGGCUGGGGGUGCGGAUCUGCUGAAGCGCACACAGGAGCGCUACUUGGCCAAGAAGAAAGGCGGAAUCUCUUCGCUUCUGGCCUGUGUUGUGCAGAAGAACUGGAAGGACAUGGUGUGUGCCUGCAGCCUGAAGAACUGGAAAGAGGCUCUGGCCUUGCUGCUGACGUACUCAAGGCCAGAGAAGUUCUCUGAGCUCUGUGACAUGCUGGGGACUCGCAUGGAGCAGGAGGGCGGCAGGGCACUAUCCUCGGAAGCCAGGCUCUGUUACGUGUGCUCAGGGAGUACGGAGCGGCUGGUGGAGUGCGGGGCCAGAUGCCCCCAGGCUUCGUCCCCCAUGGCUCUGCAGGAUCUAAUGGAAAAGGUGAUGGUCCUUAACAGGAGCUUGGAGCUACUGCGGGGUCCCGCUGGGGUGAGCCCAGGCCCUGCCACAACCCACAGGGUCACUCAGUAUGCCAACCUCCUGGCAGCUCAGGGCAGCCUGGCUACUGCUAUGGACUUCCUACCGACUGACUGUGCUCAGCCGCCAGUUCAGCAGCUGAGAGAUCGGCUUUUUCACGCCCAGGGUUCUGCUGUCUCAGGCCAACCACCUCCCCCUUUUCCCUUCCCCCGAGUUGUGGUGGGAGCUAAUCACCGCCCCAAAGAGACACCAUCUUACAGACUGGAGUCGCAGCCCUCUCACCAGGUCCCAACUCCAUCUCCAAGGCUGGAGGCCAUGCCUCAGUCACUGCCAGUGACACCCGCGGCACCUUCCUACCCUGGCCCUUACCAGAGCUCUAGAAUGCAGAGUAUGAGUGACAACAGCGCGCCUGGACCUCAUGCCACCCAGCCUUUGCCUUUGGGCGCUGGGGGAAGACCUGUUGGAUCGCAGCCACAGCUGUUAGCAGGGCAUGGGGCUCAAGCUCCUAACCCCGUAGGACUCCCUGGACCGUGGCCUCUUCCUGGUCCCCCUCCGCCCAUGGCAUCGGCAGACAUCCUGCAGCCUGGCCCAGCCUCCCUGCCUGCGCCUCCUGGGCUGCUCCUUCUGCCCCCUGUGAGACCACCGGGCCCCAGCCCUCCGAGCUGCCGGCCAGCAGCCCUGCCCGGCAGCCUCCCUGGGGCACGGCCUCCUGGGGGGCCAGGAGCUGCCCACCCCAGCGCCUUCCCUGCUGCUGGCAUCCUGACUUCUCCAGGUUCCCAAGAAUUCCAGCGAGAUGCUGCAGCCCCCAGCGGGGACCUCCAGAGGACAGAGCUGCCAGCGACAUUUAGGCCCCCAGCACCGAUCACUGCUCCAGUUCGGAGCCUCCCCGCUCAGCCCCCAGGGGUCCUCCCCUCGCAGCCUCCUGUCUCUGGGCGGCACCGGCAGCAGCUGCGGCCUGCGAGGACGGGCAGGAGGGAGCUGCCGCCAGAGCACCAGUCCUUGAGGGCCAGCUUCGAGGCGCUCCUCCGACGCUGCUCCCUGUCUGCGGAUUCGAAGACCAAGAGGAGGCUGGAGGAGGCGGCCCAGCGCCUGGAAUGUCUGUAUGACAAGGUCUGCGAGGCGGCGCUCUCGCCCCACGUCCUGGCCGGGCUCCACGAGGUCGCCCGCUGUGCGGAUGCAGGAAGCUUCGAGCGGGCCCUGGCGGCGCAUGCGCAGCUGGCGGGCUGCAGCAGCUUCAGCGAGGUGUCCGGCUUCAUGCCUGCCCUGAAGGCGGUCCUCACCAUGGCGCAGAGGCUGCGCGCGUGAGCCGGGCCGCCUCUCCUGCUGCUACUGGCCUGCAGAAAGAGGGGGGUUUCUGACAGCUUCUGUUGGUUUUUCCCAGCCCUCUUGCCUGGCUCCCAGGUCUAUGACGCCAUAGGAUUGGGUGCCUGCGUUUUCCUCUUUAUGCCUGGCCGUCUAGGAUCUACCGAGACCCUGGCAGCCGCAGCGGCAGGGUGUGGAGCCAGCCCCUCCCUUUCGUCAGUGCGGUCUCCGCCAGGCCCUGGCCAGGCCUCUUCUCCCCCAGGGACGGUCUGCUGAAGUGGCUUCUGACGGGGUGAAGACGCCUGUUACUUCCAAGUCUACCUCUGCUGGGAUCCGGCCCGUGGGUGUCUGGUGUGCGCUGGGAGGCUGACCUGCCUUCCCCCUCGGGCCUCUGACUUCAUUUCCCAGCUCCAGAUUCUCCUGUAGCCCCAGGGGCCAGAGUUGGCUGUCGCUCACCUUUGAACAGGUCAUGGGCCUGAGGGGUAGAUGCUGAUCAGAGCCAAGAAAGGGAACUUGGGUGCUUCUGAAGUGGAACAGCUCAUGCGCCAGCAGGGUUAGGGUGGCUGGGGUGGGUGCUGGCAGGUGGGGAAGAACUGCCUCUUGCUGGGAGCCGACUUAGGCCGUAGAGGAGGAGCUGAGGGACCACAGCCUCCAGGGAACGGCCUCACCCAUUUCAGCUUGGCUUCCGGCCUAGACUAUUCGCUCAGUGAGUAUACGCCCAAUUCCAGAGUGGGGUUCACGGUAACAAAAGACUUCCAGUGCUGCUUCUGGAGGGUCAGGCCCAGUGUCUCCCAGGGCCACCUGCUCUGGCUGCAGUUUCACGGCUGAACUCUGUGUUUGAUGCACUGAUGUGCUUAAUAGUGCAAUAAAGCUACUACUGGAUUUGGUUUCCUCA